AAUCUUUAUAGUGACGUGUGUGUGUAUGCGCCUCUGUCGUGCCGACGUAGUAAUUCUCUCUUCUGUUUUUUCUUCGCUCUGCUCUAAUUAGUAUAUCGUUUAGAAGAGCUCGUAAAAAGCUUCGAAAAAUACCAAAUCAAAGGUUCUUUUUUCACUCGCUCGCUCUUUCGCUCUUUUAAGCUCGUUUAUAUACCUGUAUUAUUUUUUUUUUCAACGGUAAUCGUGAUUAAUAAAAGUUUUAACUACGACUGUAUACCUACGCCACCGUCGUUGUGCAGGGGAAAAUAGUCACGCGAUUUUACAAGUAACGCCGGGCAGCGUAAUAUCUGUCCCUUAUGCCACCGCAGCACAACAACCAGUAAUUCGCCAACCAUGGAUACGGACAGUAGUGACGAUAUGUCGGCUCCGACCGCCAGAGGUUUCGCGAAUUUCGAAAUGUUCAUAAGGCAGCAUCGAGCUACAGUCAAUGCUUUCGGAUUAAACUUAAGACCAUCGACACCCAACAGCAUCAAUGAUCUUUGCAACUCCGCCAAUACCGCCGAUCAUCAGAAAUACACGCCACCCAAGCAUCAUACCAUAGACGCCAUACUAGGGUUAAAAUCCAAAAAAGAUGCCAAACAUGAUCGAAAUGCUACCGGAAACGAAUCUAGUGGUGAAAAUAGUUGCAACUCGAGCGACACUUCGGGUACACCUAAUAACCCAUCAGAUCUGAGCUGUAAAUCGGUCAAUGCCGAAGAAAGCGAAGACGAAGUAUGCGACUUAACUAGUAACUCCGGCUUAUCAUCGUCUCAUCAAAUGUCCUCUCGCAAUGGCCUAUCUCCAGAUAAGAAAAAACAUCGAAGGAAUCGUACCACGUUCACAACUUAUCAAUUACAUGAACUGGAAAGAGCUUUUGAAAAGUCACAUUAUCCAGACGUAUACAGUAGAGAAGAACUAGCCAUGAAAGUCAACCUGCCCGAAGUCCGAGUCCAAGUAUGGUUCCAAAACCGCCGAGCCAAAUGGCGCCGCCAAGAGAAAAUGGAAGCUGCAAGACUCGGUAUCAGCGAAUACCAACACGGUGUAAACUCUCUAAGUCGUGUACCAGGAGCUGGCCUUCCACUACCCAUGGAUCCCUGGCUGACUCCACCUUUACUCUCAGCUCUGCCGGGAUUCCUAUCCCAUCCGCAAACCGGAUAUCCUAGUUAUCUAACACCACCGGUUGUGGCCAGUGUCAUGGACACAGUAAAUAGUAUGUCAGCAAGAAAUACUUCACCUACGACUAGUUUACCAUCACCUACAACUUCAGUUGAUCCUCAGUCCACGUCUAUAGCAGCGCUAAGACUGAAAGCCAAAGAACAUGUUGAUUCGAUAGCAAAAGGACUUCAUAUAGUUUAGGACCUAUUGUUGGGUUUUUAUUCUACGUACUACGUGCAAUAUUUGUACAAAAUAUUUUACUUACUAUUGUAUUUGUGUUUGUGAAUUUGUUUCCCUUUUUUUUUCUCAUUUUAUCGUAGACUUGACUGCCUGAAAACAAAACAAACAAAAAAUCUGCUGUAAUGUUUUUUUUUUUAAAAAAGAUGUAUCUUCCGUAAUGCGAACCUAUUUACCAAAAAUUUUAUCAUGUUACCUAUGUGUGUAAUAUCUAAUUUUAAUCGAAGAAUUAGGUAUUGUCGAUCAUUUACCUACUGAGAGGAAAUAACUUUUACAUACAAUGUUCGACAUGUCGAGAAAAUGUAACUGUUGAAGGAAAAAAUAAAAAUAUCAAACGGCCUAAUACGCCUAACUAAUGUUAUCAGUUACCAAAAAUAGAUUUAAUCGAAUGGGUAUGGUAUGCCAUAUCACUGCUAUUUGUAAUUAAAAAAAAAAUCAGUAAAUGUAAUGACAUCGAUGUAUUCUAAAUUAACGCAUUAUGAACAUUUAAAUUAUUUAUUUAUGAAUUCUUGUAAAUAGUAAAAAAUGAUUUUAAUAGGAAUUAAAAAUAAAAGUUGUUUAAAUUUCA